AUGUACGCACGUUCGCGAGCGCUGCGCGCCGUCCAAGGAGCUGCCUCUCGGCACAUGGAUGGCCUGAUCACUCGAACACCACCGACCGCUCGAUGCGUCAGAUGUCUUGCUCCUACAACGUCGUUCCACACGAGCUCGCGAUUACGGCAAGGCGAGGCCACCGGCAUUGUCCCGAAAACGGCCACGUCUACGUCAAGCCCUCCCCUGGUGCCCGCAUCGUUGAAGCGACGCAGAGCGGCCACUGCACAGCCAGCCGCUGCAGUUGUUUGCCGUGUUUCUGCGGCGGACCCGACCCUGCUGACGAUCGAAGGCCCGGAUCUACCUUCAACCGAGGUGCCUGCUGGCUGGCUGCGCGACCGAUGUCCCCAAAGCACCAGCCCCUCGUCUGGCAACAAGAACUUUGCCACCGGCGAGGUUCCCGUCGACAUUGCGAUCGAGUCUGUCCGACAAGACAGCGAGGGCAACUGGGAAAUCACCUGGCGCAACAACAUCCCCCGCUUUGUUGCCGAUGGCAUCAACACCUCCGUCUUCACAUCAGGGCAGCUCCGGAGGGCUCUGCACACCGAGUUCGCGUCGCGGGACCUGGCCGUGCUGCAGCACCACACAGUUCCCACGGCGAGCCAAUGGAACCGCAGGACGCUGUACCCGCGCGAGGUCUCGUACGCAGACUGGAUGGCCGGCGAGGGCCACUUUGCAGCAGCCGAGACCUUCUACGGCAACACGUGGGACGUCGUGUCCAAGCCGCGCGCCGAGAACGUCGCCUACACGAGCGAAUACCUCGGCCUGCACUCCGACAUGCUCUACCUCCACUCGCCGCCCAAGCUGCAGUUCCUGCACUGCCUCGAGAACAAGGCCGUCGGCGGCGAGUCGCUCUUCAGCGACGCCAUGCGCACGGCGGCCGAGAUGAUGGUCCACACGCCCGACCUCGCCGCCGCCCUUGCCGAGACAAACCUCGGCUGGCACUACGACAACGGCGGCUUCUUCUACGAGCAGGCGCGGCCCGUCUUCCAGGGCAUGGGCCAGCUCGAUGCCGGGACCCGCGAGGUGCUCGCCGCCGGCGCGGCGUCGGGGCACGACACGGCCGACGCCGUCGCGCGCCUGUACGGCGCGCUGCCCACGGACGUCUGGUGGUCGCCGCCCUUCCAGACGCCGCUGCGCGCGCCCACGACGCCUGAGGCGCGGACGCGCUUCGCCGCGUGGCACGCCGCCGCCUCGACCUUCCAGCACAUGCUCGAGGAGGACGGCAACAUGAUUCGCCGCCGGCUGAGGGAGGGCGACUGCGUCGUCUUCGACAACCGGCGCGUCCUGCACGGCCGGACGGCGUUCGACCCCGCGUCGGGCGGCCGGCACCUGCGGGGCGCGUACGUUGGGAUCGACGAGUGGAGGAGCACGAUCAAGCGCGUGGAGCGGGACUACGCGGUGCCUGAAUUUCUGGAGGCCAGGAAGCAAGCUCUUCGGGCGUGGUCGGAGAAUCAAUAG